GUAUGCCUUGCCUCCUGGCGACGGGGAGUAUGGUCGGCGCUCUGAUCAAAAGCCUUAUCGAAGUCUCCCCCUCCAUCUUUCCGCCCCAACCUCAUCGCGAAGUGCUUCCCUCGAGAGCGACUUCCUUCGAUUACAACUCCCCUGGAGGAUGGACGAAGGAUGCGAGGGAGAAGGAUGAACUCUCGACGUGGACGGAGGCCGAGAAAGCUCUGAGGAGGGGUCCCCGCUGCGCAAAGACGGGUGGCGGCGUCAACGUCUUCGCCCUCAUGAGCUCGGUCAUCAUGACGGUCCAGCUCAUGAUCAACGUCGUCAACAACGUCAAUAGUAAUAAUCUGAACAUGAAUAUGGUGAUGGCUACGAUGCAGACCAACUCCAACAGCAACAGCGCAGGACGUCGGAGCCUGCCAGUCGUCCUCCAGGGGUUCCUUCAGCGUCGUCGGAGAUCCCUGCAGGAGCCCCAGUGUCCUUGCGACCUCCCGUGGACACAGCCUCGCGCCUUGCAAAGGUCCUCGUGUCAUGACCUCUUAACAUGUUCAUUGAGGCUCGCUGGAAGGCACGAAAGACUCGAAGAAGGAGCUGGAGUGUCGCCUUUGGGACGCUUCUCAUCGCGGUUCGUUGGGCUUUACUCUAGAAGGUUUCUCAAGCUCUUAAAUCAUGAGGCCGAGAGCUCUAGUGGGAGGAGCUGCUUGAAUUAUAUUCCAGAAUGCAUCUUAGCGAGUUUAUAGAUCAUUAUUUGGGUUUAUUUGAUAGAAUAUUCUCAUAAGGACGUGUAGUUCAUCUCACUCGGCCACUGGGUCAAUAUAUAGCCCGUGCUUCGGUAAGUGCAAGGUAAAUCGUACUUUCUGCCACCAUCCAUAAAGUCGAAAUUGCAGAAACACGAAGACUGAAGCGUAAAAACGCUGAAUCACGUCUUCACUAGAAUGAGUUGAACACAGUCUGAGAAAUGUUGCUGUGGCGUGAGGUGCGAGAGAGAACAGGCAGUGUCGUCUGUGGCUUUUCGAACAUGGUUUAGGGACCUCGAGUGGUACUUGUCUUCACAAUACGAGAAAAGGAGAUUAUCGCCAGAGCUUCCCACCAUAAGGACAUAUCAGGAGAAGUCUUAUUGUAAGUUAUGCUGUCCAAAGCACCUUCGGGGAACCACCAAUAGGAAAAUUCCUUUUCCAAAGAAUUAAGUUUACGGAAAAAUUAAUAACACAUCAUCUUCCUCUCUGUUCUCAUCAUGUCCUUGGAUCUCCACGGCGCUCUCGUUCCUGCGACCGACGCCCUCGCCCCGUCCUCCAUCCUGAGCGGGGACUUCGGCGCCCUGGAAGCUGUAAGUGGACUUCCUCCUUCAUUACAGCACAGAGGGUCGCUUGCAAGCAUGCAAGGAGAAGAAACGAGAAGAUGGUUGCAAGGGCAAGGCACUGAGGCGGAAGAGGAGUACGAGAGAAGGAGGAGAGGAAGGGCAGAAGA